AGCCGAAAAACGAACCGGGAAAUUGCAGCGUGACUAUUUUUGUGGAUAUAAUUCAUAAAUAUACUUGCUAAUCAAAUUUUUUGACCAUCUUUCUUCUGUUACUUGAAUCUGCUAACUGGCAAGAUGUCUGAAUCAGAAACAACAGAAGUUUCUGGUCAGGAGACGAAGCUUGGACACAGUCCGAGAAAACGCAUACGACACCGCAAGAAACAGCUUUAUGAAAACAUAAUGAAGCAAAUGGAAUUCUACUUUAGCGAUGCUAAUCUUACUAAGGACAGAUUCCUCGGUGAUCUUGUAAAGAGUGACCCUUACGUUCCUUUAGAUGUGUUCCUCAAAUUUAAUAAAAUUCGCUCUAUGACCCAAGAUGUUAAUGAUAUCGCUAAGGCUAUGAAGCAUUCCACUAUACUAGAGUUGUCAGAAGACAAAUCAAAGGUGCGAAGGAAAACUCCAGUGCAAGCGUAUGAUGCUGAUUUGAGGACUGUGUAUGUGGAGUCCAUCCCAGUAACUGCAACUAGGGAAUGGUUGCAGAGAGUAUUUUCUGUAUACGGGGAUGUGGCUUAUAUUUCACUGCCAAAGUUCAAGAAUUCACAGAAAAUUAAGGGCUACGGCUUCAUAGAAUUCAAGAAACCAGAAGAUGCCCAGAAAUGCCUCAACAUGUUCAUAAAAAUGGGCUGCAAGCUUCCUACCUGCAUGCCUCCUGAAGAACUGUCUUCCAUCAAAAUGUUCUCUAUUGAGGAGGCACCAGAAGACGCUGAUAAUAGCCACAAAGAAGAGAAGCAUGAAGAAUGUGAACCACCAAAGAAGAAGAAGAAAAAUAAGGAGAAAAAAUCAAAGAAUUUGGAGUUAAAACUUGAACAGGAGUCUGAUGGUGAGAAGAGGGACACUCCAACUAGGUCUAGUGAAGAAAAUAAAAGCAUCACAACUCCUAAUGAGGAAAUCAAAACAUCAGAAGUAGAGUCAUCAAAAGAUGAAAUGACUAGUCAAGACGAAGGCGCUGACGAGGCUACUAGAAAGAAGAAAACUCGGAAACGGACUGCCAAAGAGAGAAGCAAAGCGAAGAAGAGCUUAGGCCCCAACGAGGCCUCCAAGGGAGCUCUUUGGGGCCUCCAAGUGUUAUCCAAAUCUGAAUGGAAAUCUCUUAGGAAUAAAUACUUGAAUUUACAAAGGAAGUACAUGAAGGAAGUAAAGAAGACUUUGCAGAAUAAACGCCAUGCAUUGUCUGGGAUCCCGGCUCCUGCUGCUUCAGUUGAAGCUGAACAAGCAAUAAUAAACCCACAAGCGAGUGAGGCCAGCAAGAGUGUGGCACCCCUAGAGCGGAUACCGGGCGUCUUUGUGAAGGAAGUACUGCCUGAGCCCUGCCUCGACGUCAGGCUUACUAAACGGACGGUGAGAAGUAACGUACACGUACUACACGUUGAAGCAAAGGAAGGUCAAUCAGAGAUUGUCAUGAGGUUCGACUCUGCUAAGGCUGCCGAUGAGUACUGCGCCCAAUCAAGCAACCGCGCGAGAGUGCUCUCGGGGGGCGAGGAAGAGGAACAGUGGACACGAGCGGAGGCGGCCAGGAACAGCAAGCGCGUGCGCGGGCGCGCGCGGCUGCUGGAGCGCCACGACGCGCUGGGCGCGCGCGCCGCGCUCGCGCCCGCCUCGCCGCAACCCACGCACACGCAUAUACGCUUCGAUGAGUGAGCCUUACCUAGCUACGUGGACGUGUGACGCUUAGCAAAUAGCAAUUUCUAGUACAAUAAGUUCCAGAUACAUUUGGUUUUCCCUUCGCGGGUUAAUAGGUCAGACAGGCAGUCGCUUCUGUUAAAAACCGGACCUGUAAAAUCUUCAAGUUAGGUAAGUGGACCUUGUGAGAAACGAGAUAACGCUAGGGAAAUGACUAUUCUGACAGCUGUCCUACGCAACAUGCUGUAUGUAACUAAUCUAAUCUAGCCUACAAGAUCCCACUGCUGGGCAAAGGCCUCCCCUUCCUCUUUCCAUUUUUCGCGGUCCUGUGCGUAUUCCGGCCAGUCCCUCCGGCAAGCGUCCAAAUCGUCACACCAUCUCUUUCGAGGUCUACCACGACGCCAGUACCCGUCAUGAGGCACCCAAUGCGUGAUUCCGGGUGCUGCGUAUGCUGUAUGUAACGCAUGUAUAUAAACGCCUGUCUGACCUACCAACCCGCGAAGGGAAACCAACCGAAUACACAUUUCCUCACGAUGUUUAAUCUCGCCGCUGAGCAAACAAACCAUUGAAAUCAAAAAUCAUUGCUUUGGGCCCUAGGUUUAGAACCUGCGACCUAACAGAGAGUCAAACGCUCUUCCAGCAUGGCUACUAUAGCUAUUGGAAUAGUACAUUUUCUUAUGUCUCCUUCAUACUAGCCUAAACCCUAUCUUUCAGUCCUGCUCUAAUAUACACCAUGCUUGAGUGCUAGAACUACAAGUGAUAAGCUUCACCAAUAGAACUUAUCUUUACAUAGUUAAAGCCUCACCAGAAAUUAAAAAUAAUCUACAACAUUUUGAAACUAUUUUUUUUUUCUAGACAGACGUCUAUUUAUCUAGAGCAAGUCUAUUCACCUAUUCCUCACAUGCAUUGUAUUGAAUUUGUUAUAAAAUUAGCUCAAAAGGAGACUAAUUACGAGGCAGGUUCCUCUGUGAUGGAAUACCUCUAGUUGUUGAGUAUGUAGGCAAAAGUCAGUAUAUUCCACUUUGUAGUAUUUUUAAAAUAAACUUGUAUAUUUUAGUA